AUGCAUUUAGAAAAUAUUUUGAAGACCAGUGGUUUUUAUCCAUCUACCAGUAACGGUCUUGAAUCGUUGAAUGGUAAAAUCAAACAAAUGUACACAUUACAUAAUAAAUUGCCUUUGUCAUUAUGGUUGCAAACAGUUAAACGUACGUUGUAUGACUGGUCAUUAGCAAGUACCCGUACAUCAUUUGCUCUUCAAAUUGAAUUUAAUAAUAAUUUAAAACUUAGAACAUAUCAAUGGUUACAAAAAUUUGAUCAAACACAAGUGUUACAUUUAGGUGCAGCUAGUUAUGUUGUACCUUCUUCUGAACCAAAAAUGGAUACAUUAUUAUGGCUAUAA